UUUGCCCUUGUGGUAUAUUUUUUCCUAAAAAUUAACCCCGCCAACCACGCAACGGCAUCACGGAGAAGGUUGGGGGGAAAAAAGGUUUCAAUACGUUAGCCGCUGGAACUAAAACACCGGAACUUUCUUCUGUAUCUGGCGGAGCUUUGUCCCAGAACAAGAGGAAGCCAUGGUGUGCAUUCCCUGUAUCGUCAUUCCGGUUCUUCUCUGGGUCUACAAGAAAUUCCUGGAGCCCUACAUCUAUCCCGUCAUCGCACCUUUCAUUAAGCGCGUGUGGCCCAAGAAAGCCGUGCAGGAAACGACGGCCACAAAACAAGGGCAAGGAGGCAGUGCUGGAAAUCCACGGGCACCUUCAGCCAGCGAAAGAGAUGAGGAGGAUGAGCCUGGAAUUUACAAGUUUGAAAGCAACGGGGUUGCAAAUGGAAUUGCUGCAAAGAGAUCCACAGGAAAUUCUGACAAGAAAACAGAUUAAAGGAAUUCAUUCGUAAGGAUUUCAUUCCCUGGUGUCCAAUAUGAACUGGUGAUUGAUAUUUCUCUCACUCUGAGACACUUCUUUGCACAUUUCAGCUGAAUAAAACCCUUUAUCAC